GCCGCUGAUCCACCGGUAUCAUGGCUUCCUAACAGGAGGGGGAACCGAUUGAGAGGAAAACAAGGAUUUCUGUUGAAUGCCCGGCAGAUUAUCGCCCUUUCCGAAACCUGAGAUUGGGACAGAGGGGCUCGGCCUCCCUUUUCGCCCCCCGCGGCCGCCCCUGGGAUCCAGGAUAUAUUUUUAAUUUUAUUGGUGAAUUUCCAUUCGUGAACCGUGGAAGAUGGCCGACCCGGCGGAGUGCACCAUCAAAGUGAUGUGCCGUUUUAGGCCCCUGAACAGCUCCGAGGUGACCAGAGGCGACAGAUACAUUCCCAAGUUUCAAGGGGAAGACACCGUUGUCAUCGGGGGUAAACCAUACAUGUUCGACAGAGUGUUUCAGUCAAAUACAACACAGGAACAAGUGUACAACGCCUGCGCCCAGAAGAUUGUAAAAGAUGUUCUUGAGGGAUACAAUGGAACAAUUUUUGCAUAUGGACAGACGUCAUCUGGUAAAACACACACCAUGGAGGGGAAUCUCCAUGACACAGAUGCAAUGGGCAUCAUCCCCAGGAUAGUUCAAGACAUUUUCAACUACAUCUAUUCUAUGGAUGAAAACCUGGAGUUUCAUAUCAAAGUUUCAUAUUUUGAAAUCUACUUAGACAAGAUCCGGGACCUCUUGGAUGUGUCGAAGACCAAUUUGUCAGUGCAUGAAGACAAAAACAGAGUACCCUACGUCAAGGGUUGCACUGAGAGGUUUGUCUGCAGCCCUGAGGAGGUCAUGGAUACAAUCGAUGAAGGCAAAUCCAACAGACAUGUAGCAGUUACAAACAUGAAUGAACACAGCUCCAGGAGUCACAGUAUCUUCCUGAUAAACGUCAAACAGGAGAACACUCAGACAGAGCAGAAGCUCAGUGGCAAACUCUACCUGGUGGAUCUGGCUGGUAGUGAAAAGGUCAGUAAAACAGGAGCAGAGGGAGCUGUGCUGGAUGAAGCCAAGAACAUCAACAAGUCCCUGUCAUCCCUGGGAAACGUCAUUUCUGCUCUGGCUGAGGGAACGGCCUACAUCCCAUACCGAGACAGCAAGAUGACCCGCAUCCUGCAGGACUCGCUGGGUGGUAACUGUCGAACCACCAUUGUUAUCUGCUGCUCGCCUUCCUCCUUUAAUGAGGCUGAAACCAAAUCCACUCUCAUGUUCGGACAAAGAGCAAAGACUAUCAAGAACACAGUGACUGUGAACAUUGAGCUGACAGCAGAACAGUGGAAGCAGAAGUAUGAGAGGGAGAAGGAGAAGAAUAAGACCCUGAGGAACACCGUUACCUGGCUGGAGAACGAGCUCAACCGCUGGAGGAAUGGUGAGAGCGUGCCAGUUGAGGAGCAGUUUGACAAGGAGAAGGCCAACGCCGAGGUUCUGGCCCUGGACAACAUACUCAACGACAAGCCAGCGUCCACACCCAAUGUGCCCGGUGUUCGCCUCACCGACGUGGAGAAGGACAAAUGUGAGGCUGAACUGGCCAAGCUUUACAAACAGCUGGAUGAUAAGGAUGAGGAGAUCAACCAGCAGAGCCAGCUGGCAGAGAAGCUGAAGCAGCAGAUGCUGGACCAGGAGGAGCUUCUAGCCUCCUCCCGCCGUGAUCAUGAGAACCUGCAGGCAGAGCUGAACCGCCUGCAGGCAGAGAACGAGGCCUCCAAGGAGGAGGUGAAGGAGGUGCUGCAGGCUCUGGAGGAGCUGGCUGUCAAUUAUGACCAGAAGAGCCAGGAGGUGGAGGAUAAGACCAAGGAGUUCGAGGCCAUCAGCGAGGAGCUCAGCCAGAAAUCGUCCAUCCUGUCGUCUCUGGACUCUGAGCUCCAGAAGCUGAAGGAGAUGUCCAACCACCAGAAGAAGAGGGUGACCGAGAUGAUGUCGUCACUGCUCAAAGAUUUAGCGGAGAUCGGCAUUGCAGUGGGCAGCAACGACAUCAAGCAACAUGAGGGUGGCAGCGGUCUGAUAGACGAGGAGUUCACGGUGGCCCGUCUGUACAUUAGCAAGAUGAAGUCGGAAGUGAAGAGCAUGGUGAAACGCUGCAAGCAGCUGGAGAGCACCCAGUCAGAGAGCAACAAGAAGAUGGAUGAGAACGAGAAGGAGCUGGCCGCCUGCCAGCUGCGCAUCUCCCAGCACGAGGCUAAAAUCAAGUCGCUGACUGAGUACCUGCAGAACGUGGAGCAGAAGAAGAGGCAGCUGGAGGAGAACGUGGACUCUCUCAAUGAAGAACUUGUCAAGCUCAGUGCUCAGGAGAAAGUCCAUGCUAUGGAGAAAGAGAAUGAGAUCCAGACUGCCAAUGAAGUCAAGGAAGCAGUGGAGAAGCAGAUCCACUCCCACCGUGAAGCUCACCAGAAGCAGAUCAGCAGCCUGAGAGAUGAGCUGGACAACAAGGAGAAACUCAUCACUGAACUGCAGGAUCUGAACCAGAAAAUCAUGCUGGAGCAAGAGAGGCUCAGAGUGGAGCACGAGAAACUGAAAUCCACCGACCAGGAGAAGAGCCGCAAGCUACAUGAGCUUACGGUGAUGCAGGACAGAAGGGAGCAGGCCAGACAGGACCUGAAGGGUCUGGAAGAGACAGUGGCCAAGGAGCUGCAGACUCUGCACAACCUAAGGAAACUCUUUGUCCAGGACCUGGCCACCAGAGUGAAAAAGAGCGCUGAGAUGGACUCAGAUGACACAGGUGGGAGUGCUGCACAGAAACAGAAAAUUUCCUUUCUUGAGAACAAUCUUGAGCAGCUCACCAAGGUUCACAAACAGCUGGUGCGUGAUAAUGCAGACCUGCGCUGUGAGCUUCCUAAACUGGAAAAGCGUCUUCGUGCUACGGCUGAGCGGGUCAAGGCCCUGGAGUCUGCUCUGAAGGAGGCCAAGGAAAACGCCGCCCGCGACCGCAAGCGCUACCAGCAAGAGGUGGACCGCAUCAAGGAGGCCGUCAGAGCCAAGAACAUGGCCAGGAGGGGACAUUCGGCCCAGAUCGCCAAACCCAUCCGGCCCGGGCAGCAGCCAGUGGCAUCUCCCACCCACCCCAACAUCAACCGCAGCGGCGGAAGCUUCUACCAGAACAGCCAGACGGUGUCCAUCAGGGGAGGAGGCAGCGGCAAGCCAGACAAGAACUGAAGAACAGCGGGAUGGAAGGACAACACCACAGAAGAAGCCAAUAUCACGCCCCCUGCCCACCCCAACAACCUGUCAUUCCAUUACAGCGAACAGGCUCCUUGUCGCUGCUUUGGAGCCAAGAAGGAGUUUCUGAAUUAUAAAUAUAUAUAUAUAAAUAUUCCUGGCCUGUACAGCUCCAGCCCCCCACCAUCUCCACCCACUCCCCCCCCCCCCAAAUUCUCACCAUGACUUAUCUCUUUUUCUCUUACUGGAUAUAAUAAAAAACACAACAAAUUGAAUUUACAGAAGGCAAGAUAAUAUUCUUAUCCACCGAAACCAAACGCAGUCUUGAGCGCAGCCUCGGCGAGCGAAACCGUGCGUGACUCAAAUGUGUAGCUUCGGUUUCGUUUUUGUUUUGCACAGUCUGUCGUCAUCUGUCGUCAUCGUGCGAGUAGUUCUGCACUGUGCCAAGCUGAAUGUAACGGUAGCAAGAUCCGAAAAAAAAUAAACACCUAAAACAAAAAAAAAAAAAAAAA